GUCCGUGCCUAAUUCCAGAGCGAAGGCCUUCCCUCUCCGCCCCCACGUGCCCGGGCUGCUGGCCACAGCCCGCGUGCAGCGUGAAAAAAGGCUCGGGGCGCUCCCGGCCCGCACACCCGUGUCCAUCGAGGACGCCGUUCUUUCACCACUCCUAGUGCCCUUAAACGUGUCUCGAUGGUUCCUGGCCCGCUCCACCGAUGUCGUGCAUGCUAUUAACCUUACUUGGCACAACCCGUACUCCCAAAUGGAUCUCCCUGUCCCUUAUUCCUGGCCUCCUUGGUUUAAUUCCUCCUCCCUCAGUUUUUCUGAAUGCACCAUGAUUCCCCUCUACGUAUCUAGACCACCGCAAACGGCCUUACCCUGCUCCAGUAUUCCAUGGGGCCUCAGCGGCCGCCGUAUCAAGUCCGGCAAGCUGGACGAAUCCCUGACGUGGGACCCCCUCUCGCUUACCCCGCCAUGGUUCCUCAGACUCCCGCCGUAUCCCACGCCCCCUUGUAUUAAGGCCUGCCCACCUAUAACAAUCUUUCCCCUACGACAUACACCUCGCCUUGUCACCUGGAACUCAUCUUUAGCCAUAAACGUUACCUCCUCUCAUUCCUGGAGCUCAUUUUUUUACCCUAUUCUCCGUGCGGCGAUGGUUAGCUGGCCCUGGCACAACAUGUCCAGUCCUAUCACCGCCAACUCUGAACCCCCACGCUCCACGUGGGCGUGCCACGUGUACGGCAACUGCUUGGUCCUUGCCACCCCUGCCCCCGUUGGCACUCUUUGGGCCUGUUCCGACGGCAUUUUAUAUACUGCCUUGCCCGCUGUUUUAACCGACGUUGAUUGUUUUUUAACUGAUGUCGUAUUUUGUCCCCCUCUGUAUGCCCACACGGCCUCACCGCAUAGCCCAAGUCUCCAUCGCCACCUGCGUACCCCUGUGUGGAGCCAGCUGACUGACCGUGAGCGAGUUGCCAAAGGCUUUGAGUGGGCCGCAGAAGGUUACUUUGCGUGGGGUGUCAGCAUUGUAAAGGCCCGCGUGGCCAUCGCCACACUCGCUGAACUGGUCAAAGUUAUUGACAACGCCACCCAAGCCUCCCUCCGCCUCCUUAACAAACAGCUCCAAGACACUUCCCGCAUGACCCUUCAAAACAGACUUGUACUUGUACUUGUACUUGAUGCUUUGUUAAAGGCCGAACAAACCAUUUCUACUAUCUCUAAAGAAACAGUCAAGCAAAUGAUACUUGAACUAAAAAAAAGUGACAUUGAAGAAGAAGAAACUUGGACAGGCUUGCGGCAAAUAAAAUUAGAGUGAUCCUCCUUCGGAAGGAUCAAAGUGGGGAAAUGAAGGGGAACAAAAUGGAAGCCAACAGCCAUUUUAUGCAAAGGGACUGGCUGCAGAGAGAGGAUUCAGAAGAGCCCGAGGACACGCAGGUGACCAAGUGACCCCAGACCCUCCUCUUAGAGGGCUUUGCUCCAUGUGGUCACGUCUGCCACCGUCACGAUGCCCC